AUGGCAUCAUCUUCGUCAUCAACAAGUUUCAUGGCUCCACCUCCUAAAAUGAACAAAACUUCGUCGAUGAACAGUUUGAGGAAGACACUUGGAUUGAAGAAACCAAAUAAUGGAGAGCUCUCGAUGGUUCCAUCCCGUCCAAUGGUGUCUCCAACUCUUUCUUCCCCAUUGGGAGGAUCUGGAGCUGCUCCAUUGGAGAAGGAUUACCAUUCAUUGGAAUAUCGACUCACUCAUGGACACUGGAGAAUUUUUAAUUCGAAAAGUGUCUUUGGCAACAAGGAUGCCUCUGUGCUAGUUUUCGACAAGAAAAGCAAUGUGAAGGCACCGCCAAAACUCGGAAAAUCAAAAACCUACUCAAUGUUUGAUCUCAUCAAGUACGAAACUCAGCAACUCAUGGGUCUCAUACAUCCAAGAAUUUUGCACAUGGAGCACAAUCUGGAAGAAACGAAGGAUUAUUUCUCCUUUGCCACCGAGCAAAUUUUCGGAAAUCUUGAGUCAAUCGUUUCGGAUGAUUCACUCGAUCGUCUUGAGAUCAAAUUAGGUGUUCUUCAGAUCAUCGACGGAAUGUCGUAUCUCCAUAACUCUGCAAAGAUGCUUCAUGGAAACUUGACUCCAGAUGCAAUCUAUGUCACUGCCACCAAAACGUGGAAGAUCGGAGGAUUCAGUUUCGCUGUGAAUGCCAAGGAGCCCAACUGUUAUCCAUGUUAUCCAUGGACCAAGAAGCUUCCACCAUGUCUUCAACCGGAUCUCGAUUUUUUGGCACCAGAAAACUUGACUCAAGGCCAAACAACUGUAACCAGUGCGGCCGAUGUGUUCUCUCUGGGAGUCUUAAUUUGCUGGAUUUAUGCCGGAGGAAAGCGGUUGAUCGAUGCGAAGAACAACCUGGAGACCUACCAUAUCAUCGUCGGUCAACUCGAUGCAGCUCUUCAGUGUAUCUCAAAUGAAUUGGGUCCAAAUUUGAAAGAUUCAAUGGCAAAAGUGCUUUCAUUGGAUGUUGAACAACGUCCAACUGUCCAAUUAUUGUCAUUGAUCAAACAUUUCGAUGAUCCAUGUCUGUCAGCAUUGCGUCAAUUGGAUGAUAUUGCACAGGUGUUUGAUCCCUCCCAAAAGUCUCAUUUCUUGAGUCAAACCCUGAAUGCAGCCAUCCCUCACAUCUCUGAAACUGUAUGGUUCAAUCGUGUGUUGCCAAGAUUCAAUGAGCAACUUCUUGAACUUCCGGAGAUGUAUUAUUCAAUCACAAAGCCGCUUUUCCACAUUUUAGAGCACUGCGAAAGUCAUAACAUUCAUAAGAUGAAGCCAUGGAUUCGUAAACUUAUGGAGGCCACAACUCACAAUAAACUCCUUCGUGCGUUUAUUCUGGAGAAUAUGUCGGCCUUAUUCAGAAGAUUGUCAGAUGAAUUCGUGGAGGAUAAGUGUUUGGAUGUUAUCAUUUUGUCUCUGAAAUCUGAAGACACUUCACUUCAAUCGAGUGCUGUCCGUGGUCUUCCCCACGUUGCCGAAUACUUGCCAAUAUCAUUCAUCACCAAGAAACUCUUGCCAACAAUCAUGACUCUUCCUCCAUUCCUUCAUGAAAAUGUUCCUCGUCAACUCGACCUUCUCGCAGCUCUUUCUGCUCUUUCGGAUCGUUGUGAUGUCGCAAAUAUUCCCCAACUCUUCAUAUGUAUCUCAUUGUGUAACUCACAUCAUCCAGUCGUUGUCCACGCAAAGUCAAGAAUCGUCCAACGUCUUGUCAUGCGUGAUCCAAACCGAUUGAAAGAUGCUCAAUUAUUCUGUAUUCACCUUCUGAAUCCUCUCGUUACUGGUCUUGCUUGUAAAGAUCUGGCCACUUUCACAUGUGCUCACUUCGAUGAUAUCCUCAGUUCCGUUCGUAUUCUUUUGGAUGUUCUCGAACAAAGAAGAUACGAAAUGGAAGAUCGUGUUGAGCAUAAACAAAGUAAUCAUCAUCUCGGAUUGAAUCGUCUCGGAAAUCGUCGUGUUUCAAUGUCAUCUACCAAUCUUCCACGUGUUAUGAUCAGUGCCGCCCGUCCAUCUUUCUCUUCUGAUUCCCGAAAAAUGUCAUUUUUGUCAGCAGAUGGACGACUAGAGGACCGUGGUAGUCGAAGAGAAUCAAGAGAUUCUCGUGGAAGUUUGGAAAGUGAUAUGAGUAUUCGAAUAGGAAAUGGAUCAGAUAUAUCAGACGAUUCGUGUUUUUCAAGUCAUUCGGCAAAAGGGAGAAGACAAAGUUGGCUAGACGGAUAUGGGCAUUCGGUCAGUCUCGAACAGAAUACGAAUGGAUUUUUGGAAACGACAUCAAGGAAUCUCGGCGAUAGGAAUAGUAUGAAUUUCAGACAAAGGAAUGCUCGUGCAUCUGAAAGACGUGCCCGUACUCGAUCACCCAAUGCUGAACUGGAUCCGCACCGUGAACAGCCGCCUGCUCGACCAAACUCUUUUACAAAUCUCGGACAUAAUAUCGUACUCACCUACCGUAAUCUCCUUUAUAAAGACCAUACCUAG